CUUUUGAAGAAAAAGAAAGCAGGAGUCAACCAGUAAUUUCAACUGCUAUCAUCACCUCCAGAAAAAAAGGGAAGAGGCAAAAUGGCAACAGGCCUGUUUCCCUCCGUCGCGUCUGCCUUUAAUAGAAUCCCACUCUUCAUUUCAUUUCCCGUGACCGUACAACAACAACCACCUGUCUCCUCUUUACCCCCUUCUCCUUCCUCCCUAUACAAUCUCGAUUCGUUCUCUCUCCUCUCCUUCAAUCUAGCUUUUUUGCUCUCACGAAUGCCUGCUCUUCCAAAACCCUAAAAAGUUCCGAUCAAUAAACAUUUCCUUUAUUAUUCGCUACUCUGAUGGAUGGAACAAUCAACUCUGCAAGCGGUGGCCACUCCUCGAUCAGCGGCGGUGGGGCACAAGCGGCGUCGGUGCCGAUGGCGUCACAGUCGAAUGCGCCGCCGCCAUUUCUAAGUAAGACUUACGACAUGGUAGACGAUCCGGCGACAGACGCGGUGGUGUCUUGGAGUUCGACGAAUAACAGUUUUGUGGUUUGGAAUCCGCCGGAGUUCGCUCGCGAUCUUUUGCCGAAGUAUUUCAAGCAUAAUAAUUUCUCCAGCUUUGUUAGGCAACUGAACACUUACGGUUUUCGAAAGGUGGAUCCAGACCGUUGGGAAUUUGCCAAUGAAGGAUUUUUGAGGGGUCAGAAGCACCUACUUAGGAUUAUCAGUCGGCGAAAAUCUGCCCACGGGCAUGCUAAUCAGCAGCCACAACAACCACCUGGGCAGAACUCAUCGGUAGCCGCCUGUGUUGAGGUUGGGAAAUUUGGGCUCGAGGAAGAGGUGGAGAGGCUUAAGAGGGACAAGAAUGUCCUUAUGCAAGAACUUGUUAGGUUGAGGCAGCAGCAACAGUCCACGGAUAGCCAGUUGCAAACCAUGGUACAGCGACUUCAAGGAAUGGAGCAGCGUCAGCAACAGAUGAUGUCAUUCCUGGCCAAGGCGAUGAACAGCCCAGGCUUCUUGGCUCAGUUUGUACAGCAGCAAAAUGACAACAAUAGGCGCAUAAUGGAAGCCAAUAAAAAACGCAGGCUCAAGCAGGAGGAUGUUCCUGAGAAUGAGGGUUCUGGUUCUCAUGAUGGGCAGAUUGUGAAGUAUCAGCCUCUGAUGAACGAGGCAGCCCAAGCAAUGCUUAGGCAGAUUAUGAAAAUGGAUGCUUCUAAGUUGGAAUCUUAUGACAAUAAUCUUGGUGCAAAAGACAGUGGAAGCCCUUCGAGCCACACAUCAGGAGUGACUCUCCAAGAGGUUCUGCCAACUUCAGGGCAAUCCACUCAUAUACCAGCAGCUUUUGGGAUUUCCAGGCAGGGCCCAUCAGCUCCAAUAUCUGAAAUACAAUCUUCCCUGCAAAUUGCUAGUUCUGAAAAGGUCACAGCUUCUCAUUUUCCGGAUAUGAGUAUGCUGGAUGGAGCACAGGGGGCAACCUCCAUACCUAUUCCCCAGGCAAACGUGAUCAUGCCCCAUGUUUCUCAAAUGCCUGAAAUGGUACCAGAAAAUGUUGCUGAUAUCCCUUGUGAAGAUUAUAUGGAACCAGAGACAUGCAAUGAUGGAUUCAUAGAUCCAGCUUCAUUAGGAAUUAAUGGAACAAUACCCAUAGAUAUUGACAACAUGUCCCCUGAUCCUGAUAUUGAUGCUUUGCUUGAUAAUUCUAGCUUCUGGGAUGACCUUCUUGUGCAGAGUCCAGAGCCUGAGGAUAUUGAAUCAAGUUCUGUAGAGGGUAAAACCAAUGGAAAUGAUGUGCAGCCAAAUGCAAACGGGUGGGACAAAGCUCAGCAUGUGGAUCAGCUGACAGAACAAAUGGAGCUUCUGACAUCAGACAAGAAGCUUUAAUCACACGAAAUGUACCUUUGUCCCACCCUGUAUGAGAUAUUUGAGGGGUAGUUUAUUGGAAAAUGGCCAAAGUAGUGGUGAAGCAAUAGAUUAUGAAAGACAAAAACAAGUACAUCGAGCACCUCGUGGUGGUGCUCUAUACGUCGUUGCUCCUAACUAAAAUACAUAUAAUCAUGGGAUAAAGUACAGGUGGUGUAAAAUGAAGACAAGCAGGUACUGAUGGCAAUUGGGUUGCAUAUAAAUGAACUGGUGCUAAUGGCAAUUUAGGUGGCCUGGUCUCGCUGCUCUGUAGGCUAUUUUAAACUUUUUAUGUGGUCAUCUUUACUGCUUCCAUCGUAAUUUGUGAAGUUUGGGGGAAGUCUAGUGUUUGAACAUCAAAUUUUAACUUACAUUAAUACUUUGACUAUGAGAAGUUGUAAAUAUGUAAUAUUUAAUUUA